CGUAGGUUGAUUUUUUUCUUUCUGAUUGGCCAGAGACUCUGUGGAUGCUCACGGGGAGCUGUAGGCGUGUCUCCGUGCCGUGAAGGAUAAAACGCGCGGGGCACCUUGGAGAGACCUGGGUACCGCUCCGUGUGUUUGGGGUGGUGAGCUCCAUCCAAGGGCGUUGUGCUGAUUCAAGCCAGAAAGGAGCAAGAUCACUCACAGCAGUAGGGAGUUAAAGCAAAAACAAAAUGCCUGCUCAAAAUAAAGAUGAUGGAGGAUGGAAGAAGUUUGUGUGGAAUUCUGAUACGAGGGAGUUUCUCGGACGCACCGGUGGUAGUUGGGGAAAAAUCCUGCUGUUCUAUUUUAUCUUUUAUGGCUUCCUGGCUGGAAUCUUCAUUGGCACCAUCCAGGCACUUCUUCUCACCCUGAGCAACUACAAACCCACCUGGCAGGACAGAAUUACUCCUCCAGGACUUACUCAUUGCCCUCGGUCAGAGAAAUCAGAGAUUUAUUUCAGUUUGGAUGACCCAACUACAUAUAUUAAAUCCAUAAAGUCCUUACAAGAGUUCCUGAAGGCUUACAAUGAGGAACCCCAGCGUGACUUACUGAAAUUUGAGGACUGUGGAGUGGAACCAGACACCUAUAAGAACCGGGGAGAUCUGGAUAGUGAAGUAGGUAUUAGGAAGGCAUGCCGAUUCCCAAGGAAUACUCUUGGGCCUUGCUCAGGCACUGAAGAUCCGUAUUUUGGCUUCAAAGAUGGAACACCUUGUCUGAUUGUCAAACUCAAUAGAAUUGUGAAUUUUAAACCAAAGCCCCUACAGUCCAAUGAGAGUAUCCCAGAGGAGGUCAAGGUCAAAGCCCAACCUAAUUUGAUACCUAUCCACUGCGCAACUAGGAAAAAAGAAGAAGAAUAUUUGAUUGGGCGAGUGGACUACUUUGGCAUUGGUGAAGGCUUCCCUCUCCAGUAUUAUCCUUACUACGGCAAGCUCCUACACCCACAAUACCUACAGCCUUUGGUGGCCAUUCAGUUCAACAACGUAACCUAUAACCAAGAGAUCCGUAUCGAGUGCAAAGUGUAUGGUGAGAACAUAAUGUACAGUGACAAGGAUCGCUUCCAGGGGCGUUUUGAAGUUAAACUAAGGAUAAACAAAUUUUGAUCUCCAUUAUGAGCCUAGCACCAUUAAUCUUAAUCUCUCCCAGUUGUAAAGCAAAGUAAGAACUUGUGACUUGAGAUAUGCAGACAACAGAAACAAUGUCCCUGCUGGUCUUCCACAGUGUUCAAUAAACAAAUGUCUCCUGCCAGAAAGUGACCUAGGAUACUUUAACAGAGACUUGAAAAGUUCCAAAAAUUAGUAUAUAAUGAACCAUAAUGUGGGACCUAAUGUUAUCUGCUUCAAUGCAAGAUUUUCUGCUUCUGUAUAGAGUUAGAAUGCAAAUGCUUGAAGUACUAGCCAUAGCAUAUUAGACUAUUCAAAUAAAAGUCUAUUCUAAAACUAGACAAUAUUUAAAAAAAGGGGACGUUUAGUCCACCCUGAAUGUAGUCAAGCUGGUUUAUCCCUCUAUUCUUGUAUUGCCACCUCAUGUGGCUUUCUUUCAUUAUUACAGUGCAUGAUAUUUGCAUAGGUAGGUUGUUUCAAACAGCUAAAUCUGGUCAAGCUUUGUUAACUGUGCAAUUACCAACUGUUUGCUUUUGCUAUUUUAAAGCUUUUAAUAAAUACAAUUUAAGUUUCUAUUUUCAUUGAAAUUACAGUGGAUAGAAAUAAUGAUUUUUCAUCAGUGAAUGUAUGUAAAUAUUGCCUUUAAAUGUAAUACUCUUUAUUCUGUGCUGGAAGUACUGAGGAUAUUUUUGUUCUUCCUGUUUUCCUGCAAAACAAGGUCUUAGGAGUGUGUGUAAGGAGAUGCAGUUCUGUAUUUGCACAUUAUUAUUAUUAUUAUUAUUUAUUUAUAUUUUUUUUGUUGCAAGAAAUAUGUGUAAUAAUACAGUUUAUUAAUACCAUAUACAAAUAUCAUAAUCAUUGCAAUGACUUAUCUGUAAAAUGUUUUGUAGAUGUGUGUAGUCAAUGUCUACCAUCAAACAUUCGUCACUCCCUUUAAUUCUUAUGCUGAAAUUUCCCAAAAGCACAGCAUAAAGAUAAUUUUAGAUUGUAGAGAAAGUGUCUAUAAAAGUUCAGAUGAUGUGCACUUUGCUUUGGGGAAUAAGCAAAUUCCCUGGAUGGAAAUAACCAAGAAAAAAUAAA